GCUAUGGCAAGUGUAUAAAACCCGCUCUUUUUUCUUCUUUCCGGUUUCCACUCUCUUCUACCACUCCCCUCUUCUUCUCUCUCUCCAUUCAUCAAUGAUAUUUAACCGCAGUCCACUUUCUCCAACACCCUGACGGAGAAGAAGCUCGAAUUUCGGACUGUGGUGAAUUCCCCAUUUUUUCACUCUCGCCGGGAAACCGGUGACCAAGUGAGGGAGGGAAAUCUAGUGGGUCUGCAGCAAUGGCGGGGAACGACUGGAUAAACAGUUACCUGGAAGCAAUUCUCGACGUGGGUCCUGGACUAGACGACGCCAAAUCGUCUCUGUUGCUGAGGGAGCGAGGCAGGUUCAGUCCAACUCGCUACUUCGUAGAGGAAGUCAUCACUGGGUUCGAUGAGACCGAUCUUCAUCGCUCUUGGGUCAAGGCUGCAGCGACUAGGAGUCCACAGGAGAGGAACACGAGAUUGGAGAAUAUGUGUUGGAGGAUUUGGAACUUGGCUCGUCAGAAGAAGCAGCUUGAGGGAGAGCUAGCUCAGACAAAUGCUAAGCGCCAUAUUGAGCGUGAAAGGGGCCGAAGGGAAGCAACUGCCGACAUGUCAGAAGACUUGUCAGAGGGUGAAAAGGGAGACGCACCUAGUGAUCUAUCAACCCAUGGUGAGAGUAUCCGGGGAAGACUGCCCAGGAUUAACUCUGCUGAUGCUAUGGAAGCAUGGGCCAGCCAGCAGAAAGGCAAAAAGCUAUACAUUGUACUGAUAAGGCAUGAGUUCAAGUUUAUGCUUUUGGUGUUUACAUAUUAUAACUAUGCAUGCAGCCUUCAUGGACUUAUACGAGGAGAAAGUAUGGAGCUUGGACGUGAUUCGGAUACUGGUGGUCAGGUUAAGUAUGUUGUGGAACUUGCAAGAGCUUUGGGCUCCAUGCCAGGAGUGUAUCGUGUUGAUUUGUUAACAAGACAAGUAUCAGCUCCAGAUGUAGAUUGGAGCUAUGGUGAACCCACGGAGAUGUUGACUCUUAGAAACUUGGAAGAUGAUGAAGAUGAGAUGGGGGAGAGCAGUGGUGCCUAUAUUGUUCGGAUACCGUUUGGACCAAAGGACAAAUAUAUUGAGAAAGAACUGUUGUGGCCUCACAUCCCAGAAUUCGUUGAUGGUGCGCUGAGCCAUGUGAUCCAGAUGUCGAAAGUCCUAGGUGAACAAGUUGGUGGAGGGAAACCAGUUUGGCCAGUUGCCAUCCAUGGCCACUAUGCUGAUGCUGGUGACUCUGCAGCUCUUUUAUCCGGUUCUCUAAAUGUGCCAAUGCUUUUUACUGGCCACUCACUUGGGCGGGAUAAGUUGGAUCAACUACUGAAACAAGGUCGACUUUCGAGAGAAGAAAUAAACACCACUUACAAAAUAAUGCGUAGGAUUGAGGCCGAGGAACUUACACUUGAUGCAUCUGAGAUUGUUAUAACAAGCACUAGACAAGAGAUAGAGCAACAGUGGAGGUUGUAUGAUGGUUUUGAUCCGGUAUUGGAACGUAAACUGCGGGCAAGAAUCAGGCGCAAUGUCAGCUGCUAUGGAAGGUUUAUGCCUCGUAUGGCAGUGAUCCCUCCUGGAAUGGAGUUCCAUCACAUUGUCCCACACGAUGGUGAUAUUGAUGGUGAGAUCGAAGGAAAUGACGACCAUCCUACUACUCCUGAACCACCAAUAUGGCCGGAGAUAAUGCGCUUCUUCACUAAUUCUCGCAAGCCAAUGAUACUUGCACUUGCUAGGGCAGACCCUAAGAAGAACAUCACAACAUUGGUCAAGGCAUUUGGAGAAUGCCGCCCCCUGAGAGAGCUUGCUAAUCUGACACUGAUCAUGGGGAAUAGAGAUGAAAUAGAUGAAAUGCCAAGUACAAAUGCCUCUGUAGUCCUUUCAGUGCUUAAGCUAAUUGACAAAUAUGAUUUGUAUGGGCAAGUGGCAUAUCCUAAGCAUCAUAAACAGGCUGAUGUUCCAGACAUAUAUCGCUUAGCUGCAAAGACUAAGGGAGUUUUCAUUAAUCCAGCUUUCAUCGAGCCAUUUGGGCUAACUCUGAUCGAGGCAGCAGCAUAUGGCUUGCCGAUGGUCGCUACAAAGAAUGGUGGCCCUGUGGACAUUCACAAGGUACUUGACAAUGGGCUUCUUAUUGACCCACAUGAUCAACAAUCCAUUGCUAAUGCGCUUCUGAAGCUAGUAGCUGACAAGCAGCUUUGGGCAAAAUGCCGGCAAAAUGGUUUGAACAAUAUACACCUGUUUUCAUGGCCAGAGCAUUGCAAAACCUACUUGUCCCGAAUAGCUGCUUGCAAGCCAAGGCACCCACAGUGGCAGCAAAGCGACGAUGGAGGUGACGCAUCAGACCUAGAUUCACCGGGCGAUUCAUUGAGGGACAUUAACGACAUUUCCUUGAACUUGAAGUUCUCAAUGGAUGGAGAUAAAGGAGCUUCAGGAAAUGAUAGUUAUCUCGACUCUGAAGGAAACCUGGGUGAUGGUAACAAGAGCAAACUAGAGAAUGCAGUUAUGGCUUGGUCUAGGGGCUCCUCGAAGGAAUCCCGUAGGUCCGACAGAGGGGAACAAUCCCAGGGCUCGGUUUUUCCUUCACUGAGAAGGAGGAAACAUAUAUUUGUCAUUGCAUUGGAUUGUGAUGACAACAGUUCUCUGGUUGAAGCCAUUAGGCAGAUAUUUGCCUCUGUGGAAAAGGAGACCACCCAAGGCUCGAUCGGGUUCAUACUGUCGACAUCAUUGACCAUAACUGAGAUAGAGUCAUUUCUUGCUUCUGGAGGGUUUAACCCAAGUGACUUUGAUGCUUUUAUUUGCAACAGUGGUAGUGAACUCUAUUACUCAGCUCCCGGUUCAGAAGAUGGUCAAUUCGUGGUUGACUUCUAUUACCAUUCUCAUAUCGAGUACCGUUGGGGUGGAGAAGGGCUCAGGAAGACUUUAGUACGGUGGGCUUCUUCUGUUAUGGAGAAGAAGGCUGAUAGUGACGAGCAUAGUAUCAUUCCUUCUGAACAACUUUCGACCGAUUAUUGCUAUGUUUUCAAAUUGCAGAGACUGGUUACACCAGUCAAGGAACUUCGCAAGGCAUUGAGAAUUCAGGCGCUUCGAUGCCAUGUGGUUUACUGCCAAAAUGGAAGCCGGAUAAAUGUAAUUCCGGUGUUGGCUUCUCGGUCCCAAGCCCUCAGGUAUCUGUAUGUUCGGUGGGGAGUCGAGCUAACAAACAUGGUGGUUUUCACUGGAGAAAGCGGCGACACUGACUACGAAGGGCUGUUGGGUGGAGUUCACAAGACGGUUGUUCUGAAGGGAGUCUGCAGUUCUGCAAACAGUCUACUCCAUUUGAACAGAAGUUACCCUCUCUCGGAUGUCAUAGCAACCGACAGCCCGAACGUCUCGUAUACAACCCAAGGCUCGAGCAGCUCCGAAAUCCGAAGCUCAUUGCAGAAGUUGGGAUGCAUCAAAGCAUAGAAGCUUUCAAAGUUCUCCAACAAGAAAUGAACUCAGAAAAGCAUGUUCCUUUUCCUGAGUUGCCUUUCUAAGACCUCAGAAAUAUGACCUCUUUUCAAUUCACUCUCCCCCAAUCCUACCUCCAAUCUGUCUAUUUCCUUUCCUGAAGUCCAAAGUCAGUCCAGUCCUCCUUGUCACUCGAAUCCUUAAUGGGAAGUUUUUUCUCAGGGGAAGGAAACAAACCAGAGGACCUGUUCCAUAUUUCAACCUUCUGAUAUAUAUACAGCCGCAUACAGAGAUUCCUAUAACUCAGCAGGGGAACGAACCCCUGGCAUGGCCUCCAUGAAUGGAGGUUACAGUUCCAGCAACCAACCAUAAACAGUCUUCUCCUUUACUUUCCCAUCACCAUCUUUAAAUUCCAUCAUCAAGAUUUGCAGUUGGCGUCCCAACCAAUUUCCUUUCUCUUUAACUUCCGUGUACGCAAUCAGACUUUAAUGCCUGGCCAAUGGCCAUGACAUGAAGCUUUCAUUAUUUCCCUCUGUCAAAGCUGGGUUGGUUUCAGAGUUCAAUCAGACCUUAGUUAGGCUGCCGGUGGCGCCAGUCACAGUCCACCAUCCAUUUUCAGUGGUGAUUGGUUGGUUUUUGGUCCACAUGUACACAUGCACAUGAUUGUAAUUUGAGGAGGAAAUCGAUUGCGGGAUCAAUGGCUUUAACUUCAUAGCAAUGUGGAAAAAUGGCUCUGGAAAAACAGGGCCGACGCAUCGUAAAGCUGAAAAUUGUUCAUUCCUCGAGUAGUAGUAAUGUGAAAAAGCUGAAAACAAGGGAAAAAGGACACUAUCCAAAGUCAUCAUGGGACGGCCCAUGAGUGUGUGUUUUCAGUAGUUGGAUUGAAUGUGAGAGUAAUAUAGGAUAGAAAUGGUCGUUACUCCGAUUCAACGGGAUCAAAACGUAUGUAAAAAUAGAUUUAAAAGCGUCAACGCGUGCUGACCAGUUUCACUUCAGUAUAACAACAUUGUUACAUGAGUGCAAGCGAGUGACUUUGAUUGAACUGAG